AUGAAGUUUGGCAAAACAUUCCCGAACCACCAAGUUCCUGAGUGGUCUCACCAAUACGUCCAUUACAAGAACCUUAAAAAGCUUAUCAAAGAAAUUACGGCGGUGCAAGACCAGCUUUAUAAACAGAAGUGGAGCCAGUCAAAUGAGGGCGGUGCACCAGUUAAAAGCCGCAAUAGUACAGAUGCGGAGGAGAACUUUUUAGAGGUGCCUGAGGUCAAGAAGCGGCUGGCCACUUUUUUCUUUGCACUUGACCGGGAUAUCGAAAAUGUAAAUGACUUCUACAACACUCAGUUCUUGGAAUAUGAUAGGCGCUUGAGGCGACUACUGACGUCCGCGCAGCUUGCAGACCUGGAUGCUGCAGCGCAAGUUAAGCGUGACUAUAGCCACCUUCGCCCCCAAGCGGCCCCCAUUGCGCCUGAUUUUGCUGAAGACUAUACCGAGAUUUUGGGUGUUUUGAUUGAACUCCGUUCCGAUUUCCGCAAUCUCAAGUGGUAUGCAGAGCUCAAUAAGCGUGCUUUCACAAAAAUUCUGAAGAAAUUAGACAAAAAGGCGGGCACAAAGUUACAACAGCCCUAUUUAGAAUCACGCAUUUGGCCAUUGGGAAUUUCAAAUGACACCGAGGUUUCAGAGAAGUUGGGGGUUAUCAACUCAACUUUAGGAAAGAUUUCCCCAUCGAUUGAUGAGCUUCAGGAAGGGCCCGACCACGAAUUUGAGGGUAGCUAUGCCGAAGUUGGGUCGAAAGAUAUUUCCUCUCCUGUAAAUGUGGUACUUCAAAUGAUAGAAAAGGAUGAUGGUAGGAGUCUUAUCAAUGAGCUGGUUUCAAUGUAUAGAUCUGUGGUCUUUAUUCCUAAGAGAACGCUAAUUGCUUUGUUAAACAAGGCAGCUCUCUCCCAGUCUUUUCAAUGUAUCGAUGAAAUACUCGAAAUCAUUCCCACCCUGGGAGAUCACUCUGAUAUUAGCGGGCGAAACUUCUUUCAUCAUCAUGUUAUUGCCUUAGGCAAGAGCUCUAAGCAGCGCAAAAACCGGGAGUCUACACAAGACGCUAAAAAUGAAACUGGCGAUGACGAUACUGAUACCCCACUUCUUGCAGCCCUUAAUGUUGAAGCAGCAGCUGUUCCUGGUCAUAAUACAAGACUAGUGAAAGCAUAUGGACCAGACGGAGUUAACUCUAAUGAUUCCCCUGUCUCUUUAUUAUACAUUCUUAACCGUUUGCCACCGCAUUUAAGGUCAAGCUUGCUGCAAAGGGACACCUACAAGAGAACGCCUUUGCAUUACUCAGCUCAAUAUGGUCUAUUUGAGGUGAGUAAGAUUAUAAUAGAGAGUUUAAAAGAAUGGGCUGCAUGGGACGCAGCAGUGCCAAUUGAUAGUAUCGAAAGGUGGGGCGAUAGUGAAGGCUUCACGCCUAUGCACUUAGCGGUCAUCGGAGUUCACCCGAGAACUGUGAAAGCUCUAACAAGUUAUGGAGCUCCAUCCACAAGUCUCAACUCCCCACGCUUGCUACAUUUGGCUACAAAGCUUAACUCCCCAGAGCUCAUAGAGGUCCUUCUAUCAAUCAAAGGGUUUGACGUUGAUUAUACUGAGCCUGAAACUCACGAAACGGCUCUUUACACAGCGGCCAAAUUAAAUCUAAGAGAAUCUGCAGCUCAUCUUCUCAAAAGCGGUGCUAAUACUGAAAUAAGAGAAUGCAAUUUUGGUUGGACUCCAAUUUUUGCAGCUGCUACAGAGGGCUACUAUGAUAUCGCGAAAAUGCUUGCAGACCAUGGCGCGCAAUACAAUAUUUUUGAUGAGAGUGGAUGGACCCCUACGGAGCAUGCUGUUUUACGCGGUCACCUUGAUGUUGCAAAUCUUUUGAAAGUUGACAGCUCUGUUGUCAUGAGGCCCAAGCUCUCUGCCAAGUUUGAUAGAGAAGAAAAAGUGGAAACGCUUGAGUCCAGUAAGAAGACUGAAGUCUCGAGUACUUCAUCGCCAGCGCCAGAACGUCCUUCGCAGUCGUUAUACAAACUUUCUACAGGGUCAGAGAGCUUCAUUUCUAGCAGUUCUGACAUCGAGAAAAAGACCAGCAAGCAUGCGUUGCUGAAAUCAUCUCUUGGUCCAAGCCACAGAAAGAAUAAUGACUCCUCAAAAAGCAGUCAUAGCCCCCCACCCUUGCCAAAGUCUUUCGGGCAUAGCUAUCUGCAAAAAGACCAGUCUGUUGUUUUGAUAAGAUUAGGUGGUGGUGAUUCCAAGGAAAAGCCAGCAGUUUUGUUUAACAAAGUUCCGCUUUCCAAAGUUUCAUCCACAAAACUUGAUACAGCACUUUCCCUGGUUAUAACUUGUCCUGAUGACACUAACAACAAGCCUGCGGUUCUGGACUUGCCUCUUGACGACAUACUGGAUCCAAUUCAUUUUACCAUACCUUUCAAGCCAGACUCCUCACAUGCCUUGUACUUUGACAUCGUUCCUACGUAUGGCUACCAUGCCAUGAAAAUUGCUAACUCUUCCACAGAUCUCAAACUUAAGGAGAUACAUGAGCUUGAUGGUCGAAGCGCUAGCGAGUCUAGAGAUUUACAUUCAAAGCUAGGGGAUGCGACUGAAGAUUCUCAAAAGACAAAAAUCUUGGGGCGUGCCGUGGCACUCUUGGACAAGAAGACUAUGUCUGUCGGCCCCAACCGCAGCUCCCUUUCCGAUUCGAGAACGGUUCCUAUUAUCGAAAAUGAUACUCUCGAUGUACUCGGCACGAUAAACUUUGAGUUUAUGAUCGUCAAACCCUUCUCCCAUCCGAAUGUCUCUCUGGGGAGAGGGGAAACUUACUGGAAAUCUUUGGUGUCAACAAGAGUGAUUGGACAUAGAGGCUUGGGCAAAAACAUGAAUAAGAAUAACUCUCUGCAGCUUGGGGAGAACACUGUUGAGUCUUUUAUUGCAGCCGCGUCGCUGGGUGCAUCUUACAUUGAGUUUGACGUGCAAUUGACAAAGGACGAUAUACCAGUGAUAUACCACGAUUUCCUCGUAGCAGAAUCAGGCGCAGAUAUCCCAAUGCACGCUCUAACCUUAGAACAGUUCCUUGACUUAAACAAUGCCGAUAAGCACCACAGAAGAUUGGACCAAGACCUGAGCCGCCGUCGCUCUAUGGAUGACUCGGACGCUGCAUUCAUCCAGCGAGCCAUCCACAUGAGAGGAGAGAACGGGGCUGGCAUCGAAAAAACGACAGGAGAGAAGAGUUCUUUGCUAGGCAAGCUUUUUGAAGACAGAAUGCGUCUCACGCGAACGUUCAAAAAGAACAAUUUCAAGGGGAACGCUCGGGGCCACUCGAUUGCUUCCUCUUUUGUGACGCUCAAAGAGCUGUUUAAGAAAAUUCCCUUGAACGUUGGUUUCAACGUGGAAUGUAAGUAUCCCAUGUUGGAUGAAGCAAUUGAAGACGACAUUGGCCACAUUACUGUGGAACUAAACCACUGGUGUGACACAGUUCUGCAAGUCGUUUAUGACAAUGCAAACGGGCGCGAUAUUAUCUUUUCCUCUUUCCACCCCGAUGUUUGCAUCAUGCUCUCGCUUAAGCAGCCUUCUUUCCCUAUCCUCUUUUUAACAGAGGGCGGUACGAAGAAAACUGUCGACCCCCGGGCUGCUUCACUGCAAAACGCUAUCCGCUUUGCACGCACUUGGAACCUGCUGGGCAUUGUAUCUGCGGCUAAACCAGUAAUAAUGGCGCCCCGGCUUGCUCAAGUCAUUAAAUCCUCUGGCCUCGUGUGCGUGACGUAUGGCGUCGACAACAACGACCCAGAGGUUGCUAAGAUAGAGAUGGACGCAGGCGUGGAUGCAGUGAUUGUCGACAGCGUGCUAGCCGUGCGCCGCGGCCUGACUAAAUACUCGAGCGCCGAAGCUUAG